UGGGCUCGAUCCAGUAAUCUCAGGCCCAAAAUGUACAGGCUGGGAAACACCUCGUUUCGCAUUCAAAAUCACUUUCUUAAAACUUAUCACACCGCCCAUCGCCGCCACUAUUGCCGACGGCGACCUAGGGUAUCGACAACACCGGCGACAUUUUCCAAAAAUGGAGGAAAAAGGCGGCACACUGACAAAUUCUAAAACAAUACAAGAACUAGCAGUAGAAGGACAAAAGCAUUUAGAAGACACAAUAGAAGCAGCACAUCCAAUUCUCUCCGCCAUGAACGACGAGCUCUGCAACCCUACACUCUGGUCAACUACUCCAAAUAUGGCCGCUACUACUUCUGCUAACGCUGUUAUGAGUAACGGACAGCAGCAGCAGCAUUCUAACGGCGCCGGCGACGUUUCGUCGGAUAAUUCUUCGUCUUCUUUGGCAUCGGCUCAACAUCACUUGGAUAUUGGGGGCGGUGCCCUUGAUGAGUCUCGUCUCCGUUAUAAGUCGUCAAUUGCUUGCUUGCGUUCUGUUCUUACGGCUAUUUCUAAUGCUCAGAAGGCAAAAGCAUUGGAAGCUGCUUCUGCUAGUGGUUCACUAUCUGCUGCAGAUCAAGCUGAAAUUGAGCAGCUGGAGGAACACGCCUCUACGUUAAAAAAGGAACUUGUAGACAAGAACAAGCAUCUCAAGCUUCUGAUUGAUCAGCUUCGAGACCUUCUUUCUGACCUAUCAAUAUGGCAAAGUCCCUGUUCUACAUGACUCUGAUGCUAUAACUUCAAGCAGAUAAUUAAACAAGAGAGAUGUUGGAUGUCAAAGGAACCGCGUUCAACCCUAAGAAACUGUUAUUUGUUGUACAGAGAUUACUGCUACAUCCAAAUACUUGGUUAUUGCCAAACACCUGUAAUUCUAUGCAACUUAAUGCUGCUCGUGGUGCUACUAUUCUCUCUGUUUAGAUGCUUGGGCUGAGAUGUGUAAGCAUAUACCUCAGGGAAGAGGGAAAGGAACAACAGGCAAAGGAGAAUGAUUUUGAUCUCACUUGUUAUUUGCUGAUUUAUUUUCUUGUACACUAUAAUUUUCCCGUAGCAGCUAGUUGUGCCUUGCUUUGCUCUGGUAAUGAGUCUGGCAUAGCAAAAAUAGAGCUUUGGCAAACAAGCGUGCUACUGAUCUUUCUGGUUUUAAUUGUAAAAUGAUUUCUGAUCUUGAUUAUCGGAACCAGGUGCUACUCAAAUAAACUUAUUCAAUCAUUAAUAUGUA